UAUGUUAUUCAUAAGAAAAUUAUACCAUUUGCCAUUACUGUAAGCAUAUAUUUUUUAUUUAUAGCUAUAAUUUUUGGUAAUAUAAUCCAUCAUCUCUAAAUGAAAGUCGCUCCUAUUAAUUUUUCUUUACAGAACCUAAUACUGAAGCAUAGUAAAUAAUAUUUAUUAUGUUUUUAUAGAAUACAAUAACCACAAUUUUUAGGUUGCGAAUUCACCUAAUCUAAGUUCAUCUCCAUAAUUCUUAAAGAUUGUGAGUCUAAGUAUCAAAUAAGUUGUAGCGAAACUAGCCUCUGUAAAAUCAUAUCUAACCAAACCAGAAAAAUAAAUUUUUUUUACCUGCCUAAUCUAUUCCCUUUAUGA